AUGGCCUCCAGCACGCUCGUCGACACGCCGGUGCCUGAGCGGCCGCCUUUCGACAGCCUGCCGCUCGACCCCAGCGGCCCUCCUGGCAACGCCUGGGGCCUGUACGGCGACGACGACCACCUCGGCGCACUCAACAUGCUGACCCCGGCCGUCGUGGCCGCGGCGGCGCGCCAGGAAAUCCAGACGGGCGAGCGUGUGUCGCUGGACUGGUCGCUUAACAAGCCGUCGCACCCGAGCUUUGGACGGCCGCCGUUCGAGUGGAAGCGUAUUGUGAAGAAGGACGCGCACGGCCGCGACCGGACGGUCAACGACGACUACGUGGCGUUCAACACGCAAGGAUCGAGCCAGUGGGACGGGUUCCGACACUACGGGUACCAGCAGGCCAAACGGUUCUACGGCAACGUGACGAUGGACGAGCUCGAGGGUCGACCGGACGUGAUUGGCAUUGACGCGUGGGUGGACAAAGGCGGCAUUGUCGGGCGCGGCGUGCUGCUGGACUACGCGGGGUACUGCAAGGCGCACAGCAUUGACGCGCCGCCGUACGAGUCGACGGCGUUUACCGCUGAGGAUCUGGACAAGGUGAUUGCCUGGCAAAAGGGGCCCGAGCUGCAAAGCGGCGAUAUUUUGUUUAUCCGGUCGGGCAGCACCGAGGCCUACGAGGCGAUGACCACCCAAGAACAGCAGGCCAUCCCCAAGCGGCCGGCAACCAACUUCAUCGGCCUCGCCGCGACCAAGUCCAGCUUGCGGUGGCUGUGGGAGCACAAUUUUGCGGCCGUGGCGGGCGACGCGUCGAGUUUUGAGCAGGCACCGCUGGCUGGGCCGCACGUGGUUCCGGGCCACACCGAGCUGAGCGCGGAAGACGAGGAGAAGAUGAAGGGCGGCGGGCUGAUCCACCAGUGGGUGCUGGCGGGCUGGGGGGUACCAAUCGGGGAGAUGUUUGACCUGGAGGCGCUGGCACGCAAGUGCGCGGAGAGGCAGCGAUGGUCGUUCUUUGUGAGCAGCGUACCGCUCAAGGUGCCAGGCGGCGUGGCCAGUCCUCCGAACGCCAUUGCCAUCUUUUAG